AGAGGUAUCAGUUGGACUACAAACUUCAUACACACCUAGACAUCUAUAUACACUAAUAUAAUGUAUUUUAAGGUUUUGUGCCUGACAGCAGUCUUGGGAGCGGUGGCGGCCCAGCAUGGACAUGGGCACCAUGCAUACUCCUCUCAGCACAUCUCCAAGCACGACGGCCAUCCUCAUGAGGUCAUCAUUCACGACCACCAUGGACAUGAGAAGCACGUCGAUUACUAUACCCAUCCAAAGUACGAGUUUGAGUAUAAAGUAGACGACCAUCACACCGGCGACCACAAGACGCAGCACGAGCACCGCGACGGCGACGUCGUCAAGGGCUUCUACAGCCUGCACGAGCCUGACGGUUCCAUCAGGGACGUGCACUACCAUGGCGAUAAGCAUACUGGUUUCCACGCAGACAUCAAGCACAGCACACACCACAUUGUCGUUUGUGUGUUGGCCCUGAUCGCAAUGGCGACUGCUCAGCAUGGUCACCACGCGCAUUCCUCGCAGCACAUCUCCAAGCACGAUGAACAUCCUCAGGAGGUGACCAUCAAAGACCAUCACGGACACGAAAAGCAUGUGGACUACUACACUCACCCUAAAUACAAGUUUGAGUAUAAAGUGAACGACGAGCACACGGGCGACCACAAGAUCCAGAACGAGCACCGCGAGGGAGACACCGUGCACGGCUUCUACAGCCUGCACGAGCCCGACGGCUCCGACAGGCACGUGCACUACCACAGCGACCACAAAACCGGGUGA